AUGGCCGCCGUCCUCUCCUUCCUCCGCAACCUCUACGACCUCGACACCCUCGACACCCGCUUCACGAACCCCGCCACCGUCCCGUACAAGACCAUCGUCGACGCCCGCCAUGACAACCGCGACGCAAAGAGCAGCAAGGAGCGUGCUGCGAGCUGGAACUCGACCGGCCAGCCCUCCAAGUGGAAAACGCCCGAGUUGUACCUGUACCUGUUCUACAUCGGCGCGAUCCUCCCAGCGAUGUUCUACAUCCCAUACCAGGCUUCGAGAUCCGACCAUCCCGCCUACCACAAGUUCGAGCGCCUACUGUCUCCAGGCUGGAUUCCUGGUCGCAUGAUCGACACGUCCGACUCGCAGUACCACACCUUUCGAACCAACCUGCCGUACAUGAUGACCUUGCUCGUCGUCCACCCGAUCAUGCGCCGAGUAUACGCAGCCAUCUUCCACCGCAAGAAGGCCAAUGACCUAACGACAACGACCCCGGCUGAGGACGCACAGAGACGCCUGGACCAGCGAGCCGGCUACGACUUCAAGUUUGCGAUAAAGUUCUUGAUAGUACUACACGGCUUCUCGGCCGCGAAAGUACUUCUGAUCUUGUUCCUUAACUACAAGAUCGCGACGGCCCUUCCGCGGAAAUAUGUCCCCGCCGCUACUUGGAUCUUCAACAUUGGCCUUUUGUUCGCCAACGAGCUCUGCCAGGGCUACAAGAUGGAGCGAAUUGCUGCGUUCCUUGCCGGUGUAUCAGGCAAGGCGAUACUGGAUGCUGAUGUAGGCCUUGUCGCGUGGGGAAAGUGGCUCGACAGCUUCGGUGGGCUCAUGGGACGCUGGGAGAUUCUGUUCAACAUCACCGUCCUGCGACUCAUCAGCUUCAACUUGGACUACUACUGGAGCUCGGACCGCAGCCAGCAAGACAUCCUCGAGAAGAAGCAACUCGACCCUGCAGCACUCAGCGAGCGUGAGCGCGUGUCCAUCCCGGCGCAGCCCAGGGACUAUUCGCUCCGCAACUACGUGGCUUAUGUGAUAUAUGCACCGCUCUACCUGACGGGGCCGAUCAUUACGUUCAAUGACUACAUUGCGCAAGCAAAGUACAAGUCUGCGACUAUCGAGACAAGCCGCACUAUCCGCUACGGCAUCCGGUUCCUGGUCACCCUCCUCGUCAUGGAGGCCGUGCUGCACUUCGACUACGUGCAGGCCAUCUCCAAUGCCAACCCGAACUGGGCCGACUACACCGCGGCGCAGCUCAGUGUGCUGGGCUACUUCCAGUUGCACCUCAUCUGGCUCAAGCUGCUCCUGCCAUGGCGGCUGUUCCGCCUCUGGGCGCUCGUCGACGGCAUCGACCCGCCGGAGAACAUGAUCCGCUGCGUGAGCGACAAUUACAGCACUCUGUCCUUCUGGCGCAGUUGGCACCGCAGCUUUUACCGCUGGUCCCUACGCUAUAUCUACAUGCCCCUCGGGGGCGCGAGCUUCAAGGGUUGGGCCGGCGCCGCGCGGUCCAUCGUCACCUACAUGCUCGUCUUCACGUUCGUUGCUCUAUGGCACGAUAUCCAGCUCCGCCUGCUCAUCUGGGGCUGGCUCGUCGUGUUCUUCAUGAUGCCCGAGAUGAUGGCGGGCGCGCUCUUCCCCAAGAGGAAGUGGGAAUCGCGGCCCACGGCUUUCAGAAUGAUAUCCUGUGUGGGAGCUGUGAUCAACAUCCUCAUGAUGAUGUCUGCAAACCUGAUUGGGUACGCCGUGGGAGUGGAUGGGAUGAAGCAGAUUAUCAACGGGAUCACGAGAGAUCAUUCAGGCGCGACGUUCUGUGCUGCAGCUCUCAUUGCGCUGUUCUGCGGUGCUCAAAUCAUGUUUGAGAUCCGGGAGACGGAGAAGAGGAGAGGGAUCAAUCUCAAGUGUUGA